AUGUCAGAAAAUCUCAUUUACACUGACUUGAACUUGACUGAACCAACCAGGCCCGGACUACAGAAGGUCAAUGAUGUCCAAGGUUCUACAUAUGCAGAAGUGAAAGUGCAAUCCCUAGAUACAAAUGCUGCAGCUAGCUACACAACGUCCGGUAAAAGCUGUUGCUCCAGAACACGUGUCACUGUACUGGUUGCUGUGAUGAUCCUUCUACUGGUCUUAGCGGUGUGUCUGAUACUCAUGUACCAUCCAACUGCAAGCAGCCAGCCUGACUCAAAAACCACCUAUGAAGAAGAACUAGUGACUCUUGGGCUGGUAUUAGCUACAGAGACUGGCAGACCUCCCUGUUCAUCUGGUGAAAAUUAUAAGCAGGACUGCACAGGCUGCCCCCAACACUGGGAAAAAAACGGGGGAAAAUGCUACUUCUUUUCUGAAGAGAUGAAAAAAAAUGACUGGAAUGCCUCCCGUAAAGAAUGUACUGACAUGAAUUCAGACCUGGUGAUCAUUGACAACAGCAAAGAACUGAAUUAUCUUCUUUCACGAUCAAAAGGUCAUUACUACUUACUUGGUCUCACAUACUCGAAGAGCGAGAAUAAGUGGAAGUGGAUUAACAACGUGGAACAUAGCAGGGCCAUGUUUAAUAUAGGAGGAGACUUCACUGACUAUUUCUGCGCUGUCAUUGGACAUGGCAAAGUAGAAACCGCGUCUUGCUGUGGAUCCUCAACAACACAAAAUAUGUGUGAAAAAGCUGCAAGUAUUUCAGAAAGGCAGAAGGAGAGCUAA